GCAAGGCUGGUUUCUUUGUAUUUUGACACAAAAAGGUAUCAAGAAGCAUUGCAGUUAGGAUCACAGCUUUUGCGGGAGUUGAAGAAGAUGGAUGACAAGGCUUUGUUGGUAGAAGUACAGUUACUAGAGAGCAAGACCUACCAUGCCUUGAGCAACCUGCCAAAGGCCAGAGCAGCAUUAACCUCUGCCCGUACAACAGCCAAUGCAAUCUAUUGUCCACCCAAGUUGCAGGCAGCAUUGGAUAAGCAAUCGGGUAUUAUCCAUGCAGCAGAAGAAAAGGACUGGAAGACAGCAUAUUCUUAUUUUUAUGAGGCAUUUGAAGGUUAUGAUUCUAUUGACAGCCCCAAAGCCAUCACUUCAUUGAAGUAUAUGCUGCUAUGCAAGAUCAUGUUAAACUUACCUGAAGAUGUGCAGGCAUUGGUGAGUGGGAAGCUUGCACUGCGGUAUGCAGGCAGACAGGUAUAGAAAUCCUGAACUACUUUUUUUGUUCCUGAAAUUUUUUCCAAUCCUAGCUGAGUCCUAUUAAAAAGUUUCCAAAUACU